GUUUUGAUCACUGAGGUUUUGAUAACUGAGACAAUGGUCACUGAGGUUUUGAUCACACAGUCAGUCAUGACUGAGACAGUGGUGACUGAGGUUUUGAUCACUGACACGGUGGUAGCUGAGGUUUUGAUGACUGAAACAUCGGUCACCGAGGUUUUGAUCACUGAAACAUUGAACACUGAGGUUUUGAUCACUGAGACAGUGGUAAAUGAGGUUUUGAUAACUGAGACAAAGGUGACUGAGGAUUUGAUCACUGAGACAAUGGUGACUGAGGUUUUGAUCACUGAGACAAAGGUGAUUGAGGUUUUGAUAACUGAGACUAUCAGGAUCGUUGAAGAGUAG